UCUCUUCUUCUCAAUCUUUCUCGAUCCCCAAAAUCCCAUUUCUAGGGUUCUUCUUCCCCACUUCAAUUCGCCGAAAUGAAGCUCACUGUAAAAACCCUCAAAGGCAGCCAUUUUGAAAUUAAGGUUCAGCCCAUAGACACUGUUAUGGCUGUGAAGAAAACCAUUGAAGAUGUACAAGGGAAGGACAAUUACCCUUGUGGGCAGCAACUGCUAAUUCAUAAUGGGAAGGUUUUGAAAGAUGAAACUACAUUAGCAGAUAACAAGGUCUCCGAGGAUGGGUUUCUUGUUGUCAUGCUUAGUAAGAGCAAAUCUCUUGGUUCUUCGGGAGCUUCAUCUGUCCAGACACCUUCUACUACUCCAACUGCAACUGCACUGACUUCUAAUAUGGAACCUGCUGCAGAAGCUGUUGUACAACCACUGACCCCAAAAGCUUCUGCAUCUGCUUCAGAUACUCCAACUGUUAACACAGAAAAUGAUACCUAUGGUCAGGCUGCCUCAAAUUUAGUUGCUGGUAGUAAUCUCGAACAGACCAUUCAACAAAUAAUGGAUAUGGGUGGUGGAAACUGGGACAAAGAAACAGUAAGCCGUGCACUUCGAGCAGCUUAUAACAACCCUGAGCGAGCUGUGGAUUAUCUCUAUUCUGGCAUUCCGGAAACAGCGGAGGUAGCUGUGCCGGUGGUCAAUUUCCCUACUGGUCAGACGGCUGAAACUGGGCCUGCUGUUCCUGCUUCUGGGGCACCUAAUUCAUCUCCUUUGAAUAUGUUUCCUCAGGAAACCCUUUCUGGUGCUGGUGCUGGUGGGCUUGGAUCCCUUGAUUUCCUCAGAAACAAUCAACAGUUUGUAGCAUUGCGUUCAAUGGUGCAAUCAAACCCACAAAUUUUACAGCCUAUGCUUCAGGAACUUGGAAAGCAAAAUCCCCAGCUCUUAAGAUUGAUUCAAGAGCAUCAAGCAGAGUUCCUUCAGUUAAUAAAUGAACCUCUUGAAGGUUCUGAAGGGGAUAUAUUUGAUCAGCCCGAGCAAGACAUGCCCCAUGCUAUUAAUGUCACUCCUGCCGAACAGGAGGCUAUUGAACGCCUUGAAGCAAUGGGAUUCGAUAGAAACCUCGUCAUUGAAGCCUUUUUGGCUUGCGAUCGCAAUGAGGAGAUGGCAGCCAAUUAUUUAUUGGAAAAUGCUGGAGAUUUUGAGGAUUGAAAUACGAUGCACGAUACCCUCAUGGUGUUUGGUUCAUAGUUUUCGUGUCUUAGAUCUUCACCAUCCUGCGUCUUUACACGGCUACGGUUUGAGAGAUAAGUCAUGGAAAAACCUCAGAAUGAUUAUGAAAUGGUCUCUCAUAUAGACUAUAGGCUUAACAAAAUUUCAUUUUUCAUUUUAUUUUUAACAUUGUUGAGUCCAUCAGUUUAACUAGCUUCUGGACAUAAAUCCUCGACUGCCCUAACAGAUUGUGUUAUUGAUAUUGAGAUUGAAGGUUGUUGAAAGAUCCAUCUUUUUCAAUGAGUUCAAAGAUUCAUUGUUAAUUCUUAUCUGUCUGAAAUACAUGACUUGUAGUAUCCAGUUUCUCGAAGCUGGAAUUUAUGCUG